AUUACUGAGAUACUUCAAGGGCGUGUUUACGUCCUAAGCAUGACACAACCCCCAACUCAGGAAAAGCUGACGCGCAUAGCGAUCGUUAGCAGUGACAAAUGCAAACCGAAAAAGUGUCGUCAAGAGUGUAAAAGAUCAUGUCCUGUUGUGCGCAUGGGCAAACUGUGUAUUGAGGUAACACCGAACGACAAGAUCGCAUUUUUAUCAGAAGAAUUGUGCAUUGGGUGCGGUAUUUGUAGCAAAAAAUGCCCCUUUGAAGCCAUUUCUAUUAUAAAUCUUCCUAGCAAUUUGGAAAAAGAGGUUACCCAUCGUUAUGGUCCGAACUCAUUCAAGUUACAUCGUCUGCCUAUGCCACGCCCUGGUGAAGUUUUGGGAUUGGUUGGAACCAAUGGUAUCGGAAAGUCCAGUGCCUUAAAGAUACUUGCCGGCAAACUUAAACCCAACCUUGGCCGGUUCAAGAAUCCACCGGAUUGGACUGAAAUAUUAACAUAUUUCCGUGGUUCGGAACUACAGAAUUAUUUCACGAAAAUCUUAGAGGACAAUUUGAGAGCUGUUAUUAAGCCACAAUAUGUUGAUCAAAUCCCUAAAAUCGUAUCUGGUGAGGUUAAAACCUUACUUAAUCGAAAGGAUGAUAGAGGCAACCAAGAUCACGUUUUGGAAAUGCUUGACCUUCAAGUAGUCACUGAACGUAUGGUAGGCGAUUUAUCUGGUGGUGAACUUCAAAGAUUUGCUUGUGCAAUGGUUUGUGUUCAAAAAGCUGAUAUAUACAUGUUUGAUGAGCCUAGUUCUUACCUGGAUGUCAAGCAGCGUUUAAAAACAGCUAUAGCUAUACGUGAACUACUGGAGGGUACAAAUUAUGUUAUUGUUGUGGAGCAUGAUUUAUCUGUUUUGGAUUACUUGUCUGACUUCAUAUGCUGUCUUUAUGGUGUCCCAGGUGCUUAUGGGGUAGUCACCAUGCCUUUUUCCGUCCGCGAAGGAAUAAAUAUAUUUUUGGAUGGUGUGGUCCCUACGGAAAAUUUGCGUUUUCGAGAAACACCAUUGGUUUUCAAGGUGUCCGAAACCGGUAACGAAGAAGAAUUAAAACGUACAGCUCGUUACGAUUAUCCAACUAUGUAUAAAAAUUUGGGUUCAUUCGAUUUGACAGUGGAGGCUGGAUCGUUUACUGAUUCUGAAAUUAUUGUAAUGCUAGGUGAGAAUGGUACUGGUAAAACUACUUUUAUUCGUAUGCUGGCUGGCAAUCUGAAACCUGAUGGUGAUCAAAAGUGUCCAGUUUUACAUGUAUCAUAUAAACCACAAAAGAUUAGUCCAAAAUCAGAGAAAACAGUUCAAAAUCUACUUUUGGAGAAAAUUCGUGAUUCGUUUACACAUCCACAAUUUUCAACAGAUGUGCUUAAACCAUUACAAAUGGAACGACUCUAUGAUCAGCAAGUAAUGAACUUAUCUGGUGGUGAAUUACAACGAUUGGCUAUUACAUUGUGCCUUGGCCAACCAGCUGAUGUCUAUUUAAUUGAUGAGCCGUCAGCUUAUUUAGAUUCAGAACAGCGUUUACAUGCCGCAAAAGUUAUUAAACGAUUUAUACUGCAUGCUAAAAAGACAGCUUUUAUCGUAGAACAUGAUUUUAUUAUGGCAACAUAUUUAGCCGAUCGAGUUGUUGUAUUUGACGGUCAGCCUGGUGUUAAGGCUACAGCAACAACACCACAGAAUUUAGUUACUGGCAUGAAUAAAUUUUUACAAUCACUUGAUAUAACAUUUCGACGUGAUCCAACCAAUGCUAGACCAAGAAUCAACAAAUUGAAUUCGGUCAAAGAUGUUGAUCAGAAAAGGAGUGGAAACUAUUUUUUUCUUGGAGAUUGAAUUUUCUUUGUUUAUAGACCUGUCUACCUUCUCACUCUUUGCAAGUUUUUCAACAAUGCCUGUCGGGUUUUGCUUUUCUGUCAGAAAUCUGUGUAUAUGGUUGGUGUAAUAUGUGUAAUGAUUUAAUUUCUCUGACUAAUCACUUGCCAAUUCGGUAACUGACUAGGUUAUUAAUAUAUGAUACAAUUAUUGGAAUUAAAGUUUUUUUCAACUUAAAACUUGCUUUAAGAAGGACUCUUUUCGGAAAUAUUGAAGUGAGUCGUAGUUUGUUACAUCAGUUGCAGAAGUAACAUCUUUCAUCAAACUAUAAGUCAGUCAGUUAAAUCAAAUGUAAAACCUGGCGUAUGCGUUUAUUCGUUCGAGUUGCCAUAUCAGAUUAUCUGGAUGAAAUAGUCAGCGCAGAUCCGAGAGUAGUAAUAGUAUUAGUGGUAAUAAGAAAGACACUAUAUAUAACAUGUGACUCCAGAAAUGAAUUGUUGGAAUGAAAAGUAUGGGAUAAUUUCGAAACUCAGGAUCGAGAAGAAUACAAAGUAAAUGUAUCUGUACCAUAAUUAUCAAUUCUGAGCCAUGUUAUCCGACGUUUUCAACCACUGUCAAUGAUAACUACCCAGACUCCAGCUAGUUUGCACCUACACGGCCCAAUCUAACAGUCAGUGACUUCAUGAGGUGAUGACGUGUGUUUUGGCUGCUUCGAACUUUCAGCUAACGUCGUCUAUAAAGGUGGUGUCUGAGACUACGCGAUACAUGCCCAACCCGCUCCAGUCGAUGAAUAUUCACUACCUCACCAUUCAGUUUCUCAUCCUUACUCUACUGCAGUGUUGCUCACUUAGUGACACCAACAUACAUGAAAAUACUUUAGAGCCAUCCAUUAUCAAGUACCGACCUGAGGUCAUCUGUUUUAAAGGCCAUGUUUCACACCCAUAAAUUAAAACGACAGAUUGUUGCUCAGUAUUCUUUGAAUGGAAGACGGAUGUCUAGCCUAUGCUACAAAUGAGAUGUGGAUUUUACUUGUUUACUGUAUCUCUCUGUGGAGCUAAUUCAAGACACUUUUCAAGGUUUGCUGACACGACUUAAUCGCUCAGACUGAAGUGGCUAAUAUUUUGCCUGAAAUCUAAGUGCUUUAACCACUAGUUUACUGCUUGACGUUUGAUGUCUAUAGCUCAUAUUUGAUAGCUCUACUUAGCCAGCCUAAACGUUUUUGUCACCUAGAUCACAUUUUUUGUAACAUUAAUCAAAAUUAUGCGGCUUUUUUACAUCCGAAAUUUCAAAAUAUUUAAAGUAAUGUAACUCGGUAAUGGGUAUAUACUGGUUGGUGGCUGAAAUUUCCCGUGAUUGAUAUCUGGUUGCUUAAGCUAAAGUAAAUAAAGUGAAAGCAUAAUCUGUGAUUUAGUGGUCAGAAGUCAGCUACAAUAACUAAUACACCUUUUAUGAAAUGAAAAUAAAUAUUGAUAGAUUUUGUGUCCAUUCUAAAGAGAGUAAAAUAUGUUCAUUUACAGCUAAUAUUUGUAGUUCUAAAUUGGGAAUCAACUGCUUUGAAAUUUUACGGUAGACUAACCUAGAUAUACCUAAAAAUCGGGAGAACGGUGAGAUCUGAAUUAUGAAAACCAUAUGAUCGCUAUGCCCUUAUUAUAGUAGAUUUAGACGAAUCAUGGAUUAGUGGGAUAACUAUUCUCCUCAGUUUUAUGAAAUUAGUUAAUUGACUCUUCCUUUUCACCAAUAUUCUUAUUGCCAAUAAGUUUUCGAAAUUAUUUGUUCAUUGAGACUAAAUUUGGACGCGAAUUAGUUAAAAGAAAUCUACAUUUGCUCAUCACCUAACCCCCAGUCUCUCAACUUCAUGUUAUUAUCUGCCAACAUAUGUAAACUGAAAGUUAAGACAGUUUGUCAACUUUACCAGUAAAUUCGUAAAAAA